GCACUGGCACUACAUCCAACCAAUGUCACAAUGCCAACAACAGCUGAAGUGGAGAAACUGAAGAAGCUGGAGACGGUUCUUGAACACUGCAGGUAUAUAACUGAACUUUUGGGAGGGGAGAAGUUUGUUUCCUGCUCAGUGGUGUUGCCAGCUUUGUGUCACCUGUCGCGAGUGAUGGAGGUCUCUGAGUAUGACCCAGCUUACAUGGUUAAAUUCAAGGAGACCUUUAAAGCAGAAAUGGAGAAGCACAAGGAAAAAACUAACAUCAUGUGGCUCAGGGUUGCAACAGCACUGGAUCCUAGGUUUAAGGGUCUUAAGUGUCUAAGCAGACCUGACAGGGCUGAGGUGUGGCGCUUGAUCAGUGCGUUGCUCAGGGAGAGGCAGAGGCCUGCACAGCCUGAACAACCAGCAACAUAUGAGCCAUCUAAGAAAAGAUCAGCUCUCAUGUUUGCCUCAGAGUCUUCAUCUGAUGAAGAGGAGGACUAUAUUGAGAAAUGUGUGGAGCGAUACAGGGCAGAGCCAACUAUUGACAUAGAGGACUGUCCUCAGAAAUGGUGGUCCAAGCAUGAAGGGGCACACAGUGAGAUGGCCUACCUUGCACGCAUGUACUUGGCAACACCUGCCACAUCCAUACCAUGUGAGAGGUUAUUUUCACUUUCUGGGCAUGUUUUUCAGAACAAGCGAGCUGCCCUGUCAUCUGAAAAUGUUAAAAUGCAUGUCUGUUUGAGCAAUUGGGUUAGUGCAAAGUAAUAGUG